GAUGCCCCCCUGCUCCCCCGAGAGGGCACGGGAGGAAAUAGCAGGUCCACUCCGGGUGCCUGAUUGUUCUUAGGUUGACUGUGUGAGAUGCCAGGCCGUCUUAUGGUCAGCACAGCUGAGGCUUGGAGAAGCGACCUGAGUUGUUCAGGGCCAGAUCCCUAGAAGGUGGCAAAGUGGGGCCUCUAGCCCAGGUUCGUCUGCUUUCCAGGAAGGGCCUGUGGCCAGACCCACACCCUGGGCUGUGGACAGCAGAGCAGCUCCGAGGGGACAUACCUGGGAGUCUAAGCAGCUCGUUCGUUUUGUGCCUCCUUUCUGACCAUGACUGAGAGAGAGCCACAUCUUUGAAAAUACGACUAUAGUCUUCGUUUUCCUUUGGGUCGCCAUGGAGCCCUUCUGUCCACUCCUGCUGGCCGGUGUUAGCGUGCCCCUGGCCAAGGCGUUUAAGGCCAACGAGACCACCACACCGCCAAGCCACCAGAACUCUACGACCGCAGGCCCCCCAGACCCCGGCGCGCCCCAGCCCCUGCUGGCCUGGCUGCUGCUGCCGCUGCUGCUCUUCCUCCUCUUUCUGCUCCUCGCCGCCUACUACUUCAGGUUCAGGAAGCAGAGGAAAGCGGUGGUCAGCGCCAACGACAAGAAGAUGCCCAACGGGAUCCUGGAGGAGCAAGAGCAGCAAAGGGUGAUGCUUCUCAGCCGGUCCCCUUCGGGGCCCAAGAAGUACUUUCCCAUCCCCGUGGCGCACCUCGAGGAGGAGAUCCGCGUCCGGUCAGCGGACGACUGCAAGCGGUUUCGAGAAGAGUUCAACUCUUUGCCAUCUGGACACAUACAAGGAACUUUUGAACUGGCCAACAAAGAAGAAAACAGAGAAAAAAACAGAUAUCCCAACAUCCUUCCCAAUGAUCACUCCAGGGUGAUUUUAAGCCACGUGGAUGGAAUCCCGUGUUCGGACUACAUCAAUGCCUCGUACAUCGACGGUUAUAAAGAGAAGAAUAAAUUCAUAGCAGCUCAAGGCCCUAAGCAGGAGACAGUCAAUGACUUCUGGAGAAUGGUCUGGGAGCAGAAGGCUGCCACCAUCGUCAUGCUGACAAACCUGAAAGAAAGAAAAGAGGAGAAGUGCUAUCAGUACUGGCCGGACCAGGGCUGCUGGACAUACGGAAACAUCCGGGUGUGCGUGGAGGACUGCGUGGUUCUGGUGGAUUAUACCAUCCGCAAGUUCUGCAUCCAGACGCAGCUCCCCGACGGCUGCAAAGCCCCCCGCCUGGUGUGCCAGCUGCACUUCACCAGCUGGCCUGACUUUGGAGUGCCUUUCACCCCCAUCGGGAUGCUCAAGUUCCUGAAAAAAGUGAGGACGCUGACCCCUGCGCACGCCGGGCCCACCGUGGUCCACUGCAGUGCGGGCGUGGGCCGGACCGGCACCUUCAUCGUCAUCGAUGCCAUGAUGGACAUGCUGCACGCCGAGCAGAAGGUGGACGUCUUCGAGUUCGUGUCCAGGAUCCGCAAUCAGCGCCCUCAGAUGGUUCAGACGGACAUGCAGUACACGUUCAUCUACCAGGCCUUACUGGAGUACUACCUCUACGGGGACACCGAGCUGGACGUGUCCUCCCUGGAGAAGCACCUGCAGACGCUGCACGGCGCCGCCACCCACUUCGACAAGGUCGGGCUGGAGGAGGAGUUCCGGAAACUGACAAACGUCCGGAUCAUGAAAGAGAACAUGAGGACAGGCAACCUGCCGGCCAACAUGAAGAAGGCCAGGGUCAUCCAGAUCAUCCCGUAUGAUUUCAACCGCGUGAUCCUUUCCAUGAAAAGGGGCCAGGAGUACACGGAUUACAUCAAUGCCUCCUUUAUAGACGGCUACCGGCAGAAGGACUACUUCAUCGCCACCCAGGGGCCGCUGGCGCACACGGUGGAGGACUUCUGGAGGAUGAUCUGGGAGUGGAAGUGCCACGCCAUCGUCAUGCUGACCGAGGUCCAGGAGAGAGAGCAGGAUAAGUGCUACCAGUAUUGGCCGACAGAGGGCUCAGUGACCCACGGGGACAUCACGAUAGAACUCAAGAGCGAUACCCUUUCUGAAGCCAUCAGUGUUCGAGACUUCCUGGUCACAUUCAAUCAGCCCCUGGCCCGCCAGGAGGAGCAGACGCGGCUGGUGCGACAGUUCCACUUCCACGGCUGGCCGGAGAUCGGGAUUCCCGCCGAGGGCAAAGGCAUGAUCGACCUCAUUGCGGCCGUGCAGAAGCAGCAGCAGCAGACAGGCAACCACCCCAUCACCGUGCACUGCAGUGCCGGAGCCGGGCGAACCGGGACUUUCAUAGCGCUCAGCAACAUCCUGGAACGGGUCAAAGCUGAGGGCCUUUUAGAUGUAUUCCAAGCUGUGAAGAGUUUACGACUUCAAAGGCCACACAUGGUGCAAACCCUGGAACAGUAUGAAUUCUGCUACAAAGUGGUACAGGAUUUUAUUGAUAUAUUUUCUGAUUAUGCUAAUUUCAAAUGAAAAGUCCUGCCUUAAGAUAUUUUUUAAUUUAAUGGUCAGUAUAUUUUGUAAAAAUCAUGUUAAUUUAUUUCAUAGUUGACAUUAAUGUCCUUCUUAAUUUCUUUGUAUAUAUUUUGUUAUACCUUAAAGGCCCCCUGCUAUACAGUUAUUCAAUCUUGAAGAUCCCCUUUUGAAGACUGGAAUAAUGUAUUAAGGUCAAAUAAUCCCCCACAAAUAUAUAUAUUAGUGCUAAUCCCAUUAAGCAUUUUAAUUUUU